ACCACACUGUCCAUGGGGUUUUCUUGGCGAAGGGAGUUAUCCCUUGUGACAAAGAUUAAAAAGAAAAAGAAAAAAACAUUUCAGUAAUUACCAAUGAACACAGUGACUUUGCCUGAUAGCAUACUCAACAGUUGACACCCACAGCCCCCCACUUCUCUAAUGAAGGAGGUGCAUUUUUUCAUCUCUUCUUCAGAAACAAGUUUGACCCGCUGACGAUUUGUAUGACCUGUAAGAUGUUAAGAUGAUGAGGUGGGAUGUCCUAGCUGACUGAAAUUCAGGUCUGGAAGCCUCAUGUGGAUGUAAUGAUGAAGACAGCGAAUCAGUCACAUAAUGUUCAAGCAGCCAGUCAAAGGACAUUUUGGUCUUCUUCAAGAACAAAGGACAACCACCAGUGUAUUAAGUUCUGAACACCAUACUGAGGAAGCAGAGAGUAUACAGAAAAUGGUGACCAAUAUGAGAGCAAUGUGAGAUUGCUGAGUGACUAGAACAACAGGCAGAAGAGGAGAACUUUCUAUUACCACCCCGGGGUAGGGGAAGAAGAUAGAAACAGAGCGGGACUAAGGAGAAAACAUGCAUCUCUUGGCUUUCCAAGUAGAGAAGGACCUGUGGUAGGAAAGCACUAAGACUAAGGUGACUGGACAGACACAGCCGGAACAGACAGAACUCUGAGGUGGCAAAGGUUCCUUCAUAGAAAAUGAGAAGAGGAAAUCAGUCUGAAGUGACUAUGUUCAUUCUUGCAGGACUAACAGAUGAGCCAGAACUUCAGCUGCCUCUCUUCUUCAUAUUCUUGGGCAUCUAUACAGUUACUGUGAUGGGGAACCUAGGCAUGAUCACACUGAUUAGAUUUAGUUCUCAUCUCCAUUCCCCCAUGUACUAUUUCCUCAGCAGUUUGUCUGUUUUAGAUGUUUGUUAUUCCACUAUCAUUACCCCCCAAAUGCUAGUGGGAUUUUUAUUCAAAGAUAAAACUAUCUCCUAUCCUAGGUGCAUGACUCAACUCUUUUUCUUCUGCAUUUUUGUUAUUUCUGAGUGCUACAUGCUGGCUGCCAUGGCUUAUGAUCGAUACGUUGCCAUCUGUAACCCCCUACUGUACAACAUCCUCAUGUCCCCUCGAGUCUGCUCCUUGCUGGUGAUUUCUGUGUUCUCUGUGGGAUUCACUGAUGCAGUGAUCCACACAGGUUGUUUACUGAGGUUGCCAUUCUAUGGGUCAAAUGUAAUCAGUCAUUACUUCUGUGACAUUGUCCCCCUCAUCAAACUCUCCUGCUCCAGCACUUACCUAGACGAGCUCUUGAUUUUUAUUAUUGGUGGAUUCAACAUGAUAGCAACCAGCUCGACAAUCAUAAUUUCUUAUGCUUUCAUCCUCUCUAGCAUCUUCCGCAUCAACUCCAAAGAGGGCAGGUCAAAAGCCUUUAGUACAUGUAGUUCCCAUCUCAUGGCAGUCACUAUGUUUUAUGGGUCCCUCAUGUCCAUUUAUUUCAAACCUGCUACCAGUAUCAACCUGGCCCGGGAAAAAGUGUCCUCUGUGUUUUAUACCACAGUGAUUCCCAUGCUCAACCCCUUGAUCUACAGCCUGAGAAAUAAGGAUGUGAAGACCGCAUUGAAGAAACUCACAGAAAGGAAAAUAUUCUCAUAGUUGCUAUAUAUUUUACAACUAUAUUUCUUGCUAAUAAAGUAAACACGAUGGCUCAAAUUUUAUUUUUCAUUCGCUUUUCCACUUCAAGUUUAAAUAUUUAUUUCCCCCUUUUUUACUCACUAAUACUU